CAACGUAGCAACACCGAAGCGAAUUGUCAAAAACAACAAAAUCAUCCUCUUGUCUUGUUGGUUGAAUAUUCUCGACAAAUUCUCUAAGUACACGUGUACCUACAAUUUAAUGUUAAUAAUUUCAUCAUUAGUAUCUAUUUAUGGUCAAAAGAUCGCUGAGUGUUGUGGUCUAGAGUGUUGUGGAAACUGUUUGUAACCUUUUUCGUUUGUGACCCAAUUGUUUGUGUUUACAUACUAAAAUGUCUGAAUUUCGGGACUGGUACCAGAGUGUACCGUUCUUCACUCGUUACUGGCUGACUUUGACAAUAGGACUUAGUUUAUUGGGCCGCUUUGGACUGCUAAACUAUUACCACUUGGUACUCGACUUCUAUGCCAUAGUCAAUAACUUCCAGAUAUGGCGGCCGCUGACAGCAUUAUUCUUCUACCCGAUCAGUCCAGGCUCUGGUUUCCACUUCCUGAUCAACUGCUACUUCUUGUACAACUACUCGCAGAGACUUGAGAUGGGAAUGUUUGCCGGAAAACCUGCGGACUACUUCUAUAUGCUGCUGUUUAACUGGGCUUGCUGUGUGUUUGUUGGACUGCUUGUUGGCUUGCCUAUUCUUAUGGACCCCAUGGUUCUGUCAGUGCUGUAUGUCUGGUGCCAGCUGAACAAGGAUGUCAUCGUAUCAUUCUGGUUCGGAACUCGGUUCAAGGCUAUGUACCUGCCAUGGGUACUUCUUGCUUUCAACCUUAUCAUUAGCGGCGGUGGUGUCAUGGAACUGCUGGGUAUCCUGAUCGGUCACCUGUCAUUCUUCCUGCUCUUCAAAUACCCGCAAGAGUUUGGUGGCCCAGCCCUCCUUACACCUCCUGCUUUCUUAAAACAGAUAUUCCCCGACACAAGGUACGUGGGUGGUUUCGGCACCGCGCCCCAGGCUAGGGUGCCCGCGAGGCCGGGCGGGACUGUGUUCGGCGGACACAACUGGGGCAGAGGCCAAGCCCUCGGCGGGAACUGAUUGAACAACGUCUAAGUCAUAUAGUGAGAGACAUUUUCUUAGAGAAUACCAAGUGUCCCGGUUUCAAGAUGUGAUUAUGGAGUCACUACUGUCAUUUUUAACCGCUUGUAUAAUAUAAAUUAAUUAUUAAUACGUUGCGUUUUUCUUUGUUUUUAUUUUGUUAAGUAAUGUUCAUGAUCACAACUUGAAAGUUAGAGAUACGAAUGUUUACUAUAAAGUUAAAAAUAUCGAUGUUUGGAAAACAUAUUGUUUUCUGAAAGCUUUAUUUGGUGGUGUUUUAUAUUAACUUUAUAGUGGAGUUCAUUUUGUGGAAUAGGGUUUGUGCUCAUUGAAAUGUGUUUGUAUAAGUAUGUAAAGACUCAAUGAUGAUUCUUCAUGUUCAUAUUUUAAUAAGAAAUAUAUUUAAAAUGUGGAUACAGACAGACCCGAGACUGUUAUUUUAUUCCCUAUCACUUACCUAUGUAAUAUAUGGACUUCAUGUACCGCUUAAAGAAAUUUUUCUUUCAUUAUAUUUAGUGCAAUAUAGAUGAAAUUUUUCUUUCAUUAUAUUUAGUGCAAUAUAGAUGAAGUUUUUUUUAUUGAACAAGAAUCAUAUCGACUUGGUACCUACUGUCUGUCUGAAUACACAAAAAAGAUAUGUAUGGAACUAAGAAAAUGCUAUGUUUUAAAUCUGCUCAAAGGUUUCUAUGUUAUUCAAAAUCGAAUUAUUGUUUAAUUAAUUACAUUAUUUUUUGUUACUGAUGCAUAAGGCUAUAUUUAAAUGAAUUAUUAACACAUGGCUCCGAAAUGAAGCACACAGAUUACUUUGUAAUAAUAAAUCUAUUAACAAUAUAUAAUUUUAUCUAAAGAUAGCAUUUUCAGUAUACCUUUGUAUUACCAACUAUGUAUAGUAAAUAUGCAAUAAUAUAACACUUGUCACUUGAAACUAGGUAUUGUGUGUGAAAAGUUUAUUUUACUGGAAUGUAAUUAUUUUUUUAAAUAAGGUAACAUGCACACAUUUGUGUAUAUAAGUGUAUACAAUCAACGAAUGGGUUGAAAAUGGGAAUUUAUAAAAGCUCCAGGUGUUCACGUGCGAAUCUCGGGAACUCUUGUAUGGAAAUGGAAUAAAUAAAGUUGAACAUAAAAAAAAAUCAAAACCUUCUGCUAUUAGGGAAGACCCGUUUCCCAUUUUCAUAGUUUACGUUAGAUUUAGAUAUUCAUUUAGAAUUACGCAUCUCCACUGAGCCCUGCAUUUAUUUUUCAAAAAGACUAAUAUAGAAGGAGUUAGGCCUUUAUUUCUAUGUCACCCAUUCACUUUUCAUCCAGUUUCACUGGUACCUGUAAUUUCAUGAAUUGACUCUCAACUCCUAGUCUUUUGACGAAGAUUUGAAAAUAUUAUUAUCAUAGAUUAGAUAUAUUUCUGUAACAAAAUUGUCAACAUUGUUUUAACAAUAAAACACAAGGAUUA